AUGUGGCUGGACACAGCGAAGAAAUUGUUUUGUGCAGCGCGUAAAAGUGUGGCCCAUACAUGUGUUUCCACACAACUACUACUCUCCAUCGCCUUUGGCCUCUUUCCCUACAAAUACAACAGCAAAACACGACGUUUGACUACUGCAAAGUGGCUCAAGUACUAUUGGGUGCUGGUAAAUAUUGUCAUGGUGUUGAUAACUGUUUAUUUGAAUUUCUUUAAAAGAACACCAAGUGCAACAAGCUUUAUUAUCGAUAAACCGUUAAACAAAUUACUGGCCUACAUACACUUUUUGCUGGGACUUGUAGUCUUUGUGGUUAUAAGCAGUGCGAAUUUCCGGCAUAGAGCUGAAGUUUUGAUCUUGCAUAAUGCCAUUUUACAAUUGCAACAACAACAGCAGCGGUGGCAACAGAAGUGGUCGAAAAAGAGCAAUCCUCAAAUCAGCGCACUUUUUGAAAACUACAUAAUCGCCAAAAAUGUAAUGACAUUCCUGCAAGCGGCCUCAAAUGUGCAUGCAAAGUUGGGUUUUAAUCCGAAUCCAUCAUUUAAGUAUGUGUGCUUCACCAUCCUAACGAUAUGCGUAAAGAAUAUAACACUCUUCACGGUGUCCAAUUUCUAUCUCACUUUACUCUACAUCUACCGGCUGUUGCAGCAGCUUAAUUGGAAUUUCAAAGAAGUGGUGUCGUUCUACAGCCUACGUGCUCGAGAUGUGCCCGACACGGUGCCAAUUGAAGACACGACGGAAAUUGCAUUUGAUUUGAAGUUUGCUACGCCGUGCAAAAAAACGUCCGUCGAGUGUACAGGUGUUGAUGUGGCCGCCAUUGCGGAACUCUGCCGUCAAUAUGUGCGCAUAUGUCAGUUGAUCCGACGCGUUUGUAAAGUUUACGAAUGGCAAGUGCUGCUGUUUUUGAUUAUCAUUUUGUUUGGCAAUGUGAUGUCCACCUUUUACUUCCUGGUUUAUUUGGUUGGCAAGAUGCUGCCGAAAGAAUUGUUCUCACCUACGCUCUUUCUGGAAUUAUUCUUCAUCAAUGUAUUGGAUUUAUGCUGUUAUAUGGUCAUCUGUGAACGUUCUAUGAUGUCGGCCAAAGAGACCAGCUUCAUAUUGCAUCAGUUGUGUCGAUUGGAGGAGUUGCCGGACGAGAUAAGAAAUGAGAUUGAAAUGCUCAGCAUAUUUAUGGCUGGUGAAACUAUACGGAUUCGCUUUUGUGGCUUGUUAGAGUGGAAUUUUCGUACCGGCGCCAGCUUUAUGAUAGCAACCAUUUUAUAUUUGAUUGUAUUAGUGCAAUUCGACUACUAUAAUCUAUAA